CUGGCGGCGCGCGGGUGGGCGAGGGCUUGGCUGGAGGGAGGCCUCCGACGCUGCAUGAUCAGCCGCUCUGCCCCGGCCUUCUGCCCGGGCUGUCGCCCCGGAACUGUGCGCUCUGAGACGUUUCUUGAUGGUCGCCGACUUCCCAGCAUGGACGGCGGAAAAGUUGGUUCGGGCUGAACGAGCUCCCUGAGAGCCGCGGCGGGGUCCGACCAGCCCGCUUCCGGCGGUGUAGCUCGUCACCCGAGCGGAGACUGUGAAAAUGCUGAGGAGAAAAGUGCCCCUCAGAUGAGCGUGGUCGGCGACCAGUCUCUCCCGAAGGCGAUGGCAGGGACCCAAACAAGCCGGGUUUGGUGGCUGGCUGCAAACUGAGGGCUGCCAGGCGGGAUGGACCCCUGUGGAGACCCGGCAGUCGGCGGCGACUGUCCCCACGACAGGGGACAGGAGGGGCCGCUGCUGGGCACUUUCGUGGACAGCAGCCACAGUGAACAUGACGACAGAAACAGAAUAUCUGAAGAACUUAUAAUGAUUGUCCAAGAAGUGAAAAAGUAUUUUCCAGCCGAGAGACACACUAAACCCAGCACCCUAGAUGCCCUUAACUAUGCCGUACGCUGUGUGCAUAGCGUGCAAGCAAACAGAGACUUUUUCUCAAAUCUCAGUCCACAUGGAACACCUCAGACAGAAGUGUCUGCGCACGGUCUUGAGGAGCUGGCCAGUCUCACUUCUGAACAUGCUUCCAAGAACACAGAUACCUUUGUGGCAGUGUUCUCACUUGUGUCUGGACGGCUAGUGCACAUUUCGGAGCAGGCUGCUUCGAUCCUGAACUCUAAGAAAGAUUUCUUGACGUCCUCACGCUUUGUCGACCUGCUUGCCCCUCAAGAUGUGAGGGUGUUCUACACACACACUGUUCAGAGUCAGCUUCCUUUCUGGAGCAGCCGGACCCAAAGAGCUUCACAAUAUGGAUCUGCAUCAGUGAAAUCCUUCUUCUGCAGAAUCUGUGGAGGUGGAGACAGAGCACAAAAGAAGCAUUACUCUCCGUUCUGGAUCCUCCCCUAUUUGGUUCACGUACAUAGCUCUGCCCAGCCAGAACCAGAGCCUUGCUGUCUAGCACUGGCUGAGAAGAUUCACUCUGGUUAUGAAGCUCCUCGAAUCCCUGUAAAUAAAAGAAUUUUUACUACAACACACACCCCAGGAUGUGUGUUUCUUGAAGUAGAUGAAAGGGCUGUGCCUUUGCUGGGUUACCUACCUCAGGAUCUGAUUGGAACAUCCAUCUUAACAUAUGUGCACCCUGAAGAUUGGCCUCUGAUGGUUGCCAUACACCAAAAAGUUUUAAAAUAUGUUGGCCAUCCUCCAUUUGAACACUCACCCAUCAGAUUCUGCACUCAGAAUGGAGAUUAUGUCAUUCUGGAUUCCAGCUGGUCCAGCUUUGUGAACCCCUGGAGCCGGAAGGUUUCCUUCAUCAUUGGUCGGCAUAAAGUUCGAAAGAGCCCAUUAAAUGAGGAUGUUUUUGCUACCAGAAUAAAAAAGGCCCCUAAUAACGACAAAGACUUAGGAGAUUUGCAAGAACAGAUUCACAGACUUCUUCUGCAGCCCAUUCAUGCCAGUGCUUCCAGUGGUUACGGGAGCCUGGGCAGCAGCGGUUCACAGGAGCAGCAUGUCAGCAUCCCCUCUUCCGGUGAGUCAAGUGGACACCGUGUGGAGGAAGCACAGAAGGAGCAGAUGACCUUGCAGCAGGUCUAUACCAGUGUAAACAAAAUUAAGAAUGUGGGUCAACAGCUGUACAUUGAGUCAAUGGCCAGAUCAGUCAAGCCAGUGAUGGACACGUGCGUGGAGCUGCAGGGUGGUGAUGAGCAGAAGGACUUUUCUUCCUCUCAGACACUGAGAAAUAAAAGCAUGGAUACUGGCUCUUGUGAUGACCUGAGGCGAGAACAGCACAGCUCAUCCUACCAGCAGAUGAGCUGCAUCGACAGUGUCAUCAGGUACCUGACAAGCUGCAGUCUCCCGGCCUUGAAAAGAAAGUGCAUAUCCUGUACAAACACGUCUUCAUCCUCAGAAGAAGCCAAGCAAAACCACGGUGUGGACUGCAGCACAGCGCUGCGAGAGACUGAACAGAUCCUGAACAAACCUCAAAAGGAAAUGCCAACAACUGGACCAUCCACAGAUGCUGAAGGAGGUGCUGUGUGGUCCCUGUCCCCUGCUAUGCUGAGCAUGGGGUCUGGCAGAAGCCAGUGCAUCUGCAGCGGCACCACUGUCCAUGUCCCGCCCCUACACUCAGCAGAGGGUGUUGCCUUAGCAUGUAAGCCCUGGACCCUGAGAACACAGCCAUCGGCCCUGACUGCAGAAGAAUUUGAGCACGUGGGGCUCACAACAGCUUUCCUCUCCACACACACGCAGAAGGAAGAACAGAGCUAUGUUGACGGGUUCCAGGAAAGGAUCCUGACCUCACCCUACAGCUACUAUCUGCAGAAAAAGAGCAAAAGCAAUGCUAAGUACUCCUGUGUUCAAGGCUCUCCUAAGCAGACCAGAUGUGCUGGAAGUGGGAGACGGAAGUACAAACGGAAGAAGUUGCCAGUGCCUUUGGACACCAGCAGCUCCAGUGCUGACUUCUGUUCCCAUGUCAGAGGACUCCUUCCCAGUGUACAGCCCUGGAGCCCUUCUGUUGUCUCCUCCCCCCACGCCUCCAGCCUAGCUUUCCCAUCAGCCCUGGUAGCUCCCAACCAGGACCCCUGUCUCCUUUCGUCUUUUCCUCUCGAAGUUGCCUCUCUGGGAGUAGGGAGCUCUGCAGGCUGGGCAGCUGCAGCUGAAUGCCCACCUCUGUCUGCUGGCCCACAGCCUAUUUCAGCUUUCCCCUCUGCUUCCUUGGACACAUUCAUGACCAUCUUCCUGCCCAGCCCCCCAAUCUUCCCUCUGUGGUCAGCAUCAUUCUCCCCAUAUGCAUUCCUGGGGACUGCAGGUUCUUCUGAAAUGACACCCUUAGUACCAGCAAUGGCUCCACACCUGGAACCAACUUCUUCAGACCACAGCCACGGGAGAAUGGAGGAAGGCUGGGAGACACACAACAAAGAGCAUCCAUUUAUUAGUUCAAGGAGCAGUUCGCCUUUACAGUUAAAUUUACUCCAGGAAGAAAUGCCUGCCCCAUCUGAAUCUCCAGAUCCAGUGAGAAGAGCUGUUGGCCCAGAAGUUGAGUGUCACUGUGUCACAGGGGAUGAUGGCAGUUGGAGCAGUCAUUGUGCCGCCAGUGACCUGGCCACACCAUCAGUGCACCAGGAGUCUCUGUCUGCAGCAGCCUCAGGAAGUGUAUACUUCAGUAGCAGUGAUUAUUCUGGAAUUUCUGAAAACGGACAGUGGUCCCAGAAUAGACAGAGAAAUGAAGCCUUGCCCAGGGUGGCCGAAGAGUCUAUCUGGAGAAUGAUAGAACAAACGCCAGAGCGUGUUCUCAUGACAUACCAGGUGCCCGAGAGGAGAAGAGAAGAGGUGCUGAGGGGAGACCUGGCAAAGCUCAGCAGCAUGGAAAAGCGGCAGCCCCAAUUCUCUCCUGCACAGAAGGAGGAACUGGCCAAGGUGUGCUCCUGGAUCCACAGCCAGACUGCCCCUCAAGAAGGACACCUCCAGAGUUGUGUCGCCUGUGAAGACAGAGGUUCACUUGGUGACACUGGAGAGGCCUGUGAACAUCAGGCAUCAGAAGACACCAGUUGAGCAACUGUGAGGAUGUCUGUUCACACUUUCUCCAGGUCUUGUGGGACACAAAGACGUCUGCAUUACUUCACUAAACUCUUAAAUGACAAAGUCAUCAACAUUAAGAUUUUCCCCUUGCUUUUGUUUUGUUUUGGGUAGCACUGGGGGUCAAACACAGGACCUCCUUACACACGCUAGUCUGGCGUUCUCUGCUGCUGACCUGUAUCCCAGCCCUCCCUUCUCGGUUUUUAAUAGGUGACAUUUUCCCAAUCUCUGACCUAGCCAUCUUCUGAAGGCACCAGAUUGCCUCUGAGGAGGUAUGUGUCUGAGAAGAUUUGAUUUCAGAAGUCACUCUGAAUAAGUUCCAAGCCUUAGUCCUGUUUGUUUUGUUCCGUUGCUGCAAAGGCAUUUUCCCAUUGGAAUACUUGAAUUCUGUCUGUAGGCUGUGUAGUUCACACGAUAUUUUCCAUGAAUUUAACAUAUUGAUCUAGGCUUUGUACAGCAUGGUGCUUCCCCUCAUGGCUAUGAUAAGACAUUCCACCUUUCUCACAGAACAUUAGAGUGCAUUGUUCUCUAGGAAGUGCGGGAGUCAUGGAUUUGGUUGUUUGACCCCAUUCUUGUCCAUGCACUUCCUGUUGAUGUCAGCCUCUCAUGGAAACUCCUUUUGUAAGGUCUGACUGCUUGAACAGGGCUUACUCUGGAGAGUUGAAAUCAAGCCUUGCAUGUUAAAAGAGCUGCUUACUCAGCCAAUCGUAUUUUUUUUUUUUUUUGGUUUUUCGAGACAGGGUUUCUCUGUGGUUUUGGAGCCUGUCCUGGAACUAACUCUUGUAGACCAGGCUGGUCUCAAACUCACAGAGAUCCGCCUGCCUCUGCCUCCCGAGUGCUGGGAUUAAAGGUGUGCGCCACCACCGCCCGGCUCAAUCGUAUUUUUUAAAGGUUUUUUUUUUGUUGUUGUUGUUAUAAAAUAAAUGUGAAAAGUUUUUAAAAUCACAUUACUGUUAUUCUGAAGAUAUAUGUGCUUAAAUGCUCAGUCUAACAGUUAACUUUUUCUUUUUGCUGAAUUUACACAAAGAGGCCUUCAUGCCGACCAGAGGCCAGAUUGUCAUUGCUUUUCGUUUGCCCUUGAACAGGGUUUGGGGCCUGCAGAGUGAGAAACUACACUUAGGGGAACUCAGUGGCCCCAGCCUUCGGGACUGCAGCUCUGUCUCUGGAGUGAGUGUGACUGUUUACCUGUUCGUCCACUCACUGCCCAGUGCUCUAGACUAGAGACACUCAAGAUUCCUUCUUCAGCUUCCAGUGACUGUGGAAUCCACCCCGUGCAGCUCAGAGGAAGGAGUAGGCAGGAAAGGCGGUCUGCAGUCUCCUCUCAUGCGCAGUACUUCCAGCAAUCUUUUCUGUUUUGUUGCUUUGCUUUGCUUCAAGAAGACACUAUUUUCUCUGACAGUUCUUAGCUGUUGAUAAAUGUCCUGUCGUUCUGAUCAGGAGAAGGUCAGGACGACUGCUGGCCCAGUGCUCCAACUCUGUGGCGUAGACUUCUUUUAUAAAAUAAUGCUUCUUCAGGACGGCAGUCCUAUCAGAAGGUGUCAAAAACAUUCUCAAGUGCUACCUAUGACAUUCUUAAAAUUUUCUGGUAUUGCAUAGUUCCACCAAAGGUUCCUGCUGUGUGAAUCAAGACUUCUCAUAGUCUGCUCCAUCCCAGUAGAUGGGGAUGUCAGAGCCUGCGUUGGUCAUGCUGGCCUUCUCCAGUGAAGGGUUGUGGUAUUUGGAGCUACUAGGGCCAUUCUGCAUCCAUGCACACGUACAUCAGACCUGAUGUUCUCUGGUAGGAUGGGCCCUUUCCUGUUGGUUCUGAGUACUUGUUUCAUCUACAGCUCCUUAUUUCUUUGCCUUAGUCACCUCUUACGGAGUAUAUAUUAUCCAGGCUUGAUUUGAAACUGGUGCUUGUAGUCUGGAAAGCCCUUAACCAAGUCUCCCCUCUGCUAGCGUUGCUGUCAGUGCACUCAGAACCCCUGCGGCUGGGGUGGGUCCAGCAGAGCUUGCUGCCCCCCGUGGGGGCCAUACCCAGUGGAAACCGUUCUUCGAGCUUACUGGCUUUUGUAGUAUUAAUAACUAUAGAGUUGGUAACAAAAGUAUGUAUUGUAGACUUCAAUGUUUACAUAACUUUUUCCCCAAAGCUUUCUUUUCUUGGGUCAUAGGUCCAAAUUUAAGAAAACAAG